CAGAAACAUUUGAUCUUUUUGAUGACUUAAUUCUUCUAUCAGAAGGUUACAUGGUGUAUCAAGGCCCUCGACAAGAUGUGGUGGGAUUUUUUGAGUCUCUAGGAUUCCGUCUCCCACCACGUAAAGGUGUUGCCGAUUUUCUCCAAGAGGUGACUUCCAAAAAGGAUCAAGCUCAAUACUGGGCAGAUCCUUCGAAACCAUAUCAGUUCAUUCCUGUCUCAGACAUAGCGGCUGCGUUCCGAAACUCACAAUAUGGGCAUGCUGCGGAUUCCAAGCUGGCCACACCAUUUGAUAAGUCAUCAGCGGAUCCNUUCCAGAUUGUGAAAUGCAUCAGAAACUUUGUCCACCUAAUGGAUGCAACUGUUCUCAUGGCACUUCUUUAG